CCGGAAGUGGCGCUGGACGGAAGUGCAGCUGCGGGUCACAGCGGAGACAAACAGACGUCACAAUCAGGACGCGCCGGUGAUCUCGGCUCAGCGGGAGAUCAGCUGCUGCAUGGCGGUCACAGUCUCCACGGUGGUGCCAGCUCUCAUCAUGGAGAACAAACCAAGAACCUCCACCAAGCUGGGCCUUCCACCCCUCACCCCAAACCAGCAGGAGGCGCUGCAAAAGGCUAAGAAGUACUGCAUGGAGCAGAGCAUCAACAGUGUCCUCAUCAAACAGACUCAGAAGCUCAGCAGCCUGCAGAUGGCGUCUCUGUCCAUGGGCCUGGGUGAUGCUCUGUCUCCUCUACAAUCGGUAGCAGCUCAGCGUCAGAGAGCUCUGGCUAUCAUGUGUCGAGUUUACGUGGGCUCCAUCUACUACGAGCUGGGUGAGGACACCAUCAGACAGGCCUUUGCUCCCUUCGGACCCAUCAAGAGCAUCGACAUGUCGUGGGACUCUGUUACCAUGAAACACAAGGGUUUUGCCUUCGUAGAGUACGAGAUGCCCGAAGCAGCUCAGCUAGCUCUGGAACAGAUGAACUCCAUCGUCUUGGGAGGCAGAAGCAUCAAGGUUGGGAGGCCCAGUAACAUCGGCCAGGCUCAGCCAAUCAUCGACCAGCUGGCAGAGGAGGCACGGGCCUUUAACAGAAUCUAUGUGGCGUCGGUUCACCCCGACCUCUCCCACGACGAUAUCAAGAGCGUCUUUGAGGCCUUCGGAAGGAUCAAGUCCUGCACGUUGGUCCGAGAGCCAGUCAGCGGACGGCACAAAGGCUUUGGCUUUGUCGAGUACGAUAGGGCUCAGUCUGCUCUGGACGCCGUUUCCUCCAUGAACCUUUUUGACCUGGGGGGCCAGUACCUCAGGGUGGGGAAAGCCGUGACUCCUCCCAUACCUCUUUUCACACCGACCGCUACUGGAGGACUCCUUCCCCCAGCCGCCGCCAUGGCCGCCGCCGCCAAGAUCAAUGCUCAGGAGUCGGUUGGAGCGUCAGUGCUCAAAGCUCUGGCUGGACCAGCUCUUCUCUCUCAGCAGCUGGGAGGACUUCCUCAGGCCGCCAUGGCUGUUCCGGCUCCGGGUGUCACCACAGAUGGAACCCUGGCUCGACCCGGCCUUUCUCAGGUGGGUUUGGUGAACCCGGUGCUGGCCACGCCCCCGGGCCCGGUGCCCUCUGUUGGCUCUGAGGUGAAGGAGGAGGAGCAGAGGGGCGGAGCCAUGGAGCCGCUCAGCGAGCAGGAGCACGGGGUGAUGAGGAAAGCUAUCCGCCAGCAGGAGUCCACCGUGAUGGUCCUGAGGAACAUGGUCGGACCCGAAGACAUCGAUGACGACCUUGAGGCUGAGGUCACCGAGGAGUGCGGUAAAUUCGGGCGGGUGAGGCGCGUUGUCGUUUACCGUGAGCGGCAGGGCGAGGAGGACGACGCCGACGUCAUCGUCAAGAUCUUCGUGGAGUUUUCAGAGGCGGCUGAGAUGAGCCGAGCCGCCCGGGCACUGAACCGACGGUGGUACGCAGGACGGCAGGUGGUCGCCGAGGAGUAUGAAAGGGAGGGGUUCAACCGGGGCGACCUGACGGCGUAGAACACACACACAGCAAAUAGACUGUAUUCAAAGGGAAGCCAGCGUCCUGGGUGGCCCCCUGCUGGCAUUCACACACAUGAUCUCACUAGGAGGACGCCAGUGGGAUCCUGUUUCACCACAAUGGAACACAAACAACACACUGACAGAACAAAAAGGACUCAGACCUGAAAACGACCAUCAAAUCGUAUCAAUCAAAGAAUUGAUAAGUUAUUGUGAAUCCUUCUAAAAUGAUUAAACGUCUCACACCAGGAUGACGGACGUGAUUGACCUGA